AUGAAGUCUUCAUUGCUGUUUCUCGGCAACAUUGCCGCAGUUUUCGCAAAAUCCCCUUUUGCAGGUAUCAACAUUGCCGGUUUUGACUUUGGAUCAGACAUCCAGGGGGCUCAAAAUAUAAGCAACUCCUUUGGUCCAGUCGCUACUCUUGGGAACGGAAACAGCGAUGGCGCCGCGCAAAUACAGCACUUUGUCCAAACCGGCGGACUCAACACAUUCAGACUACCGGUUACAUGGCAAUUCCUGAUCAACAGCCGGAACCUGAAUGGCUCGGCAACUGCGGUGACCGGCACCCCCUCGAACGGAACGCUGGAUCGAACGAAGACGGCGCAAUACAACCAGCUUGUCAGGGCAUGCUUAAACACGGGCUCGUUCUGCAUCAUCGACAUCCACAACUACGCUCGUUUCGAGGGCCAGGUAAUCGGCCAAGGCGGCCCUACCAAUGCGCAAUUUGCGUUGCUGUGGUCUCAAAUCGCCUCCCUGUACCGCAACGAAACGAAGGUUAUGUUCGGCCUCAUGAACGAGCCGCACGAUCUCCCGAGCCUGUCCAUGUGGGCAGACACCGUCCAGGCUGCCGUGACAGCCAUCCGCAUGGCUGGGGCCACGACGCAGACGAUUCUGCUGCCAGGAACAGAGUUCACACAUGCGUCGAGUUUCGUUGACAACGGCUCUGCCGGCAACCUGAGUCGAGUCAGCAACCCGGACGGCUCCUUCACCAAUCUUGUUUUCGAGGUCCACCAAUACCUCGAUUCUGAUGGAAGUGGACAAGCUCGGGAAUGCGUCACCGACCACGUCAAGGACGGCUUCAUGCCGCUGGCCCAGUUCUUGGCUGCGAACAAAAGAAUGGCGCUUCUCGGAGAGAUUGGCGGCGGGAAUACGCCAUCGUGCCUCACCAACCUUUGCAACAGCCUUGUCUUUAUAAACAACAACCCCGACACGUUCAUGGGAUACACAGCCUGGUCGGCUGGUGGAUUCUCCGCGAUCGACUACAACCUCACCAUGACGCCCAAGGGCUCGCCCGGUAACUUCACCGACCAGGAGACCGUCACGCAGUGUGUAGUCGGGACUAGGAAUGGCAAGUCGAACUCGAACUCGACCGGGGUAGCCGCGGUGAAGGGCGCCAACUCAAGCCCCGUAUACGCGACGCCCCAGGGCAGCUCCUCGGGAGAGUCGGGUGACAACACCUUCUCGGUGACUGUGUCGGCAUCGACGAAACUUGGGGCUGGAGGGGCUGUAGGGACACUGAUGGCAAUGGUUGCUUUGACAGUCUUGGCGGUAUGA